CCCGAUCACACUGUGCUUUGUAUCUCUCCCAGAGUCGUGUGGACGGACGCGUGGCGUGAACAUAGCAAAGUCUCUGCUCUAUUUAAACAAACUAGUGUGGAGUUAGGCUCAGUUUAUCUCUCUUCCUGUGCGUUACAAGAGGUUUCAACAGCACUGAUGUAUGCAGAUGCUUUCACACCCACGAAGAGCCUGAGGGGGCAGUGAGAGAUAACCGGCGAUCGCUAAGCAGCUUUGGAAUCCUACUCAUAAAACUCCCAGCAGAUAUGGACACAUAACCUGCGACCGCCGACACUUUCGAGGCCAAACCUGACACAGUGUUCCUGAUAGCUCAACGACAUUGUGAGCCGCUUUUAGCUUAACGGCAAUAGGAUACCAAGAGAAAACCUGCAGAACAGAAGAGAAGAAAACACAAUAAGAAAAUGAAAAUGCUAAUGGGGUUGAGAAGGGGUCUGUGGAACUAUCGCAGCAUCGCCCUGAUUAUCCUUGCACCGCUGCUGCUGCUUCCUCUUCCUCUAGUCAUCGGGACGAAGGAGGCAGAAUGUGCCUUUGUGUUGCUGCUGAUGGCGACAUACUGGAUGACAGAGGUGAUUCCUCUGCCCAUGACCGCCAUGCUUCCCGCCAUCCUCUUCCCCACCUUUGGCAUCAUUAAGUCCUCACAUGUGGCGAAGGAGUACUUUAAAGACUUCCACUUCUUGCUGGUGGGCGUCAUCUGCCUCGCCACGUCCAUCGAGAAAUGGGGCCUCCACCGCCGAGUCGCCCUGAGGCUCGUCACCAUGGUGGGAGUCAACCCUGCAUGGUUGAUGUUGGGCUUCAUGUCCGGCUGCGCAUUCAUCUCCAUGUGGGUCCAAAACACCUCGGCUGUUGCCAUGGUGAUGCCCAUCGUGGAGGCUGUUCUCCAGCAGAUCCUGAAGGCCAAGGAAGAGGGAUUUGUCUGCGAAGACAACCCCGGCCUGCAGCUGGACGAAACUGACAACCAUUUUGAAAAGAUGAAAGAAGCUGCGAGUGACCAGAAGCGUCCAGAUGUUCCUGAAGACACUCGUGUUCAGAUACAGACACCGUCGCAGUCUGUUGAAGCGCAGCCGGGAGCUCUCAGCAGGUGUAAACAGGACCUGAUGAUGUGUAAAGCCAUGUGCCUCGGCAUCGCCUACUCCUCCAACAUCGGAGGCAUCUCCACACUGCCCGGCACCUCGCCCAACCUCAUCUUCUCCGAGUACCUCAACCAGGUUUACCCGAACUGCAACUGCAUUAACUUUGCGAACUGGCUGGUGUUGUGCCUGCCCAUCAGUGUCAUCAUGCUGCUGCUGACAUGGAUAUGGCUGUACUGGCUCUUCUUUGGCUCAGACUUCAGGUUCCUGUGUCAACGUGGAGGAGAGCAGUCUCAGAAAGAGGCAGCAGCAAGAAAAGUGAUUGAAGAAGAGUACAGGUCGCUGGGACCCAUGAGCUCUCAGGAGAUCGUCACUGCGGUGGUUUUCGUGACGAUGGUGUUGUUGUGGUUGACCAGAUCUCCAGGUUUCAUGCCAGGCUGGGCUUCUCUCUUCCCUCAUCACACGGGCUACAUCACUGACGCGACUGUGGCUCUUCUGCUGGGCCUCCUCCUCUUCAUCAUACCCGCCUACGGACCUUCCAGACAAUAUGAGGCCAUGAUCUCCUGGGAUAAUUUCCAGGCCUUAAUGCCGUGGAAAGUGGCGCUGCUGGUCGGCGGAGGCUUUGCACUCGCUGAAGGCACAAAGGAGUCGGGCCUGUCUUUGUGGGUGGCCGAGCUUCUGACACCUCUGGGUGAACUGCCAGUCUUGGCCACGAUCGCGAUCGCCUGCAUCAUCGUCACCACAGUAACAGAGUUCGCCAGCAACGCCGCCACCAUCACCAUCUUCCUCCCCAUCCUCUCUCCUCUGGCUGAGGCCAUCCAUGUCAACCCGCUGUACGUCCUGAUCCCCACCACCCUCUGCACAUCCUACUCCUUCCUGCUGCCGGUGUCCAACCCGCCCAACGCCAUCGUGUUCGGCUACGGACACAUCACCGUCAUGGACAUGGUGAAGGCGGGGCUUGGCGUCAACGUGAUCGGCGUCCUUGCCACCCUGUUGGCCGUGACGACAUGGGGAGUGCCGUUAUUCUCCCUGAAUACGUACCCUGACUGGGCGCCGCUCCUCCCCGAGUUCAACUCCACUGCACCGUGAUGAUGGGUGCCUAGGCAUAGAUCUUAUUGUGAGGUUCAGGGACUUUUUAAAGCAGUUUGUUCUCAUAAACCAUUCGUACAUAUAGCUACGAAAAAUAAUGCACUUUGAUUCGUAUGUAUACCACGUAUUUAUUGCCGUAUGCCCCACAUUGACUGCCUCUGUAUAAGAACGCUCUGGUCCGCCUGGGGAGGAGGUCGGGGCGGAUGGGUGUGUCAUAAAACACAGCGCUUUCAGGCGGGGGAGCGGAGUUUGUGUCCCUGGGAAAACACAAGACUCUCACCCAGGAAACUGCGCUCAUGUAUCGGGAGUGGUUUAAUCCAAACCACUAGGGCUUGGUAAUCGGAAAAGAUUUCCUGAAUCGAUUCGAUUCCGAUUCACAAAGUCCCGAUUGGAUUUCAUUUCCGAUUUGAUUUCACAUGAAUUAGGUUGGGGAAAUUUACAGUACCAAUUUUGCUUUGCUUGGAUAUAAAAGAGAUUCUCAGAGAACUUCUGCUGUAAAUUAUACAAGCAAGAAGGAACCCUUAAAUAUUUUUUUUAAUGCACCAGGUUCAUGUUUACGUUAAGUUUUGACCCCCAAAAGGUUUGUUUAAAGGACUUUUUACUUAUACCUUCAUAGUGAAAAGGCAUAUAAUAAAAGAUAGAUGUCUGGAUUUUAUUUAUUGAUAUCAGAUCACUCGAACAAAGAUCGAAUUAUUUGGAGAAUCGAUUAUUUUAACCCAUCCCUACAUACCACACUCGUUUUCCUAAACUUAACUAGUUGUUUUGGUGCCUAAACUUAACUGUUGUCGCUGCAUGACAGUUACCUUUUGUAAGCUAAACUUAACUGCAACGGCCACUGAAAUGAUGGUAACCUCACAGUGCUCACCUGGCUCACAUUCUUUUGUCGG